AUGGAUGAGGUUCAUGCAGCCCCGGUCGAGCUAAGGCCCUCCCCCGUGGACCCUGCCACCGUCCCUCACAACUCCCUCAAGGGCAGCAUCAUCGCGUGCGCCGUCGUUUGCUGGGUCAUCGCCGUCGCCUUUGUCGGUCUCCGGUUCUACACCAGGACAAGAGUCGUCCGCGUCCUAUCUUUACCGGAUUGGUUGAUUCUGGGAGGCGUGUUUGUGUCUGCUCUUCAAUCAGCCGCAUUUAUCGCCGAGGCUCAAUAUGGCCUGGGCUCGCACGUCUGGGACUUUGAUCUCGCCUCCACCUACAUCCCGCUGCAAAUGUCCGCGUGGAUGGCCAUUCUUGCCUACAACAUCUCCCUGCUCUUCGUCAAAGCCUCCUUCCUGACGCUCUACCUUCGCAUCUUCAGCUACCAAAAGGCCCAGAUCGCCUGCAAGAUCAUCCUCGGCCUCGUCGUCUUCUCCGGUCUCUGGACCGUCGUCAUCUCCGCCACCGCCUGCAUCCCCUCAAGGCCUUUUGGGACCUGUCCCCUGCACGUCAGCACCGAUUUCUUGAUCUGGCUGGUGCCCUUGCCCCAGAUCUGGGGUAUGAAGAUGCCCAAGGCGCAGAAGAUUACUCUCAUUGUACUCUUCUCCUUUGGUUUCCUCGUCGCCUUCAUCUCCAUCAUCCGCGUCAUCUUCCUCGUUGACCUCCACAAGACCGCCGACCCCGACUUCAGCUGGGCCGGCGCCAAGUUCGGCUACCUCAGCCUCAUCGAGCUCAACGCCGCCAUCGUCGCCGCCUGCCUCGUCACUCUCAAGCCCCUGGCCCACAAGCUCUGGCCCACCAUUUUCGAGUCCGAGGACUCGGUCGAGGUGGCGGGCCCGAACCCGCCCACCAUCGGCACGCAGGGCGCCGCGCUCCACAACAGGAGCCACAGCAUCGAGGUCACCGGCAAGGAGGAGCUCCAGACGUGGGAGAUGUCCAAGACGGACGUGGAAAAGAGCAGUACCGGGUCUACGGUGUCUUGA